CCCCGUUCCCUCACGGGGCCGCGCCGCCACCCAAUCAACAAGCCCAGGAGGACGAGGUGCCGCCGCGACUAACCAAUGGCGUGCGGGGUGGGGGGGAGCAGCACGGUCGGUUGUAGCAGCACGAGGCUGGAGUGAGGUGCUCGCGGCGGGAGGACCAGAAAGGAGAAGCAGAUGGGAUGUGAAAGCACUAUCUCUUGUUUAAAAACACAACUCAGUUACUAGCAAACUGGAUCAAAAAUCUGCUUCACUUGUAUAAGAGUUUCCCUGUCUUUGAAUGCAGCCAUGGAGAUGAUUGAGGAACAGUUAGGUAGUCUACGCAUUGCAAAACGUUGUGCAAUAACAGAAGACCCCACUUAUCUGCUGGAUAUAGAUAUUUCAAAACCUGCUCAAGCAGAAAGAAGUUGCUUAGUUGCUGUUUCAUGUUCCAACAAAUCAAUUAAAAUAUAUAACAGAGAAACAUUAAACUUGCUACGGGAGUACAGUGGCCAGCCUGGAACACUCAGUGGAGUCAGGUUUGCCCAUAUGAGUGACAAUAUAUUGUUUUCGGCAUGUGGUGAUGGUACAAUCAAAUGUUGGGAUGUUCGCUUAGCUACUCAAGAAGCUGCACAGUUAUUCAGGGGUUAUCCUUCAAAUGUUUUUAUCAGCUUUGAUAUUAAUUGCAAUGAUCUCAUAAUUUGUGCUGGUACAGAAAAAGCUGAAGAGGAUACAUUCAUGGUGUUUUGGGAUGCAAGAGGAAAUACAAACAAUGUAUGUGCAGCUAAAGAACCCUUGGGAAUCUAUUCCGAGACUCAUAAUGAUGAUAUAACAAAAAUUUGCUUCCAUCCUACCAAACCGAAUUUGUUGGUCUCUGGGUCAACUGAUGGAUUGGUUAACAUAUUUGAUAUUAACAAGGACAAUGAAGAUGAUGCUUUGAUUUCAACUUGCAAUUCAGAUUCGUCAGUAAGUUCUGUUGGUUGGUCUGGGAAAGAUUAUAAACAGAUAUUUUGCUUAACACAUGAUGAAGGAUUUUGUUGGUGGGAUCUUGCUCAAUUAGAUACUGAAGAGCCAAUCACAUUGUUGCAUAGUGUGGAUGUCAGGGAAGCAGUCCGCACUGAAAAUAGCAGCUUAAAUUAUCUGAUAGGUGGCUUCUACCAUGAAAAGGCAGACAAACUGUUUAUUGUUGGAGGAAUGUUAAUGGGAAACAUUCACCUAAUAAGUUGUGGCAUUGAUGGACUGAACCUUGUGGGUAUCCUUCGUGGAGGGCACUCUGCAACAGUUCGCUCUUUCUACUGGAACAUGACAGAUGAUUCUUUGUUGACUGGUGGAGAGGAUGCACAGCUGUUGCUAUGGAAACCUGGAGCUGUGGAAAAGUCCCUUGCAAAGAAGUCAUCUAUGAAAAUUGCUUCCUCUGUUCGGAAACGAGUGAAAGUUCACAACAACACUCUCAAAGCCAAGAAAAAGUAAAAUUACAAAAACAAAUGUCUUGUCUUUGUAAUUUUUUUUUAUUCUAAGCAAUAUUUUGGAUAUUGACAUGUCUUUUUUAAUUUUAUUUGGUGAGUUGUAUGAAGAAUACCAUUUAAUAGGUAAAUUCUGCUCAGGAGCAAACCUUAGCCGUCAUAUUAAUAACUACUUUAAAAGUUACCGACACUUAUCUAAAAUGAGUAUCAAUAUUUUCUCUCAACUCAUUGAACAAACUCUGUCUUAAAAAGUUUUAUAUUAGAUCAUGUUAUUGCACAUUAACAGUAUUGGCACAGACUUGAAUGAUCAUAGAAAACUGAUUUGUGUAAUUUAUGUUCCUGUUGCAGUGAAAUCUCAUCAGUUUUUGAAAGCUUUUGAAUUUCUAGUCAAAUCUUUUUACUUCCUCAGAGAAUGUAAUGAAUGAAAGUAUCAUUAAAGACAUAGUGUUCCUUAAAGCUUAGAGGAAUUCCUGAUGGAGCAGACAAUGAGUAUUGUUUGACAUUAUUAUCUCACUGUAUAAUGACAAAUGUAAAUAGCACUAAACAUGCUGUUUUAAAAAAUAGCCCAAAUAUAGCCCAUUUCUUAGAUCACAUUCGCAUGAUAUUAAUAGAAACUGUAGGCUUAUUUUACACUAACGCAGUGUGUCAAACUGAUAGUAUUGGACAUACUCUCUGUACUCUGAACCACCAUUGACAGUACAUGCUGCUCCAUACUGGGUACAUCUACACGAGACACUUUACUGUGCAGUAGAGCAAAGUACUGCAUAGUAAGCAUCUCCGUCUACAUGUGUAGACCUUUACCGUGCAGUAAUUUGCUCUGCUCGGCCGUUAAUUUGCUACUUGCAACUGCAAACAGCAAAUUAACUGCUGAGUAAUUACUGUGCAGUAAGGCACACAUAGACAGCUGACCAUGAGCAAAUUUGCUCCCAGUCAGGCAUGCAGCAAGGGGCAAUAGUUUGCUCUCUGCCCCCUGGAGCUGCCUGCUGCUGGGGCGGGCUCCACCACUUGAGUCCGGGUAGGGACAAUGUCCUCCUGCCCUGGCAGCAGGGAGCUGCCAGCCCUCGCUCCACAAUUGCAGAAUCGGGGCCAGGAUCUCCCUGCAUGGGGAUAGUUACCUGGCCAGCCCUGAGCUGCACAUGGAAGUCUGUAUAUGCAGCCUGAAGGUGGCUGGGCACUGUCCCACUUUGAGCACGGGCAGGUCCCAGGUCCGCAGAUCUUUCCCAGCCUGGUCUCCUGACCCCUGCUCAGCCGGGGGCUCACUGCUAGCUGCCCCACCAAUUAAUCAGGGUAGGGGGCUGGCACCUACCCCUCCCCCACAGCUCCUUCCAAGACCUGUGCCCCUGAUGCUAGGGAUGGGACGUUGUCCCUGCCCAGGCUCUGCCACUGGAGCCUUCCUGGCAGCUGUCUCCUGGCCCCUUGUUCCCUGCCCGACCCUGGGGUAGCACCCAGGGGGAGUCUUUACCUCCCUUCGGCUGCUACAGGGGGCCAGUGCAAAGUCGGAGGGGGCAGAAGCAGACUGCUGCCAGGAGCAGCAAAUCUGUUCCCAAGUGGGAACACGUGUAGAUGCCUUCCCAGGGUGAACUUACUUCUCAAAUUACUCUGGAGUACCCAGCAAGGUUCCUUCUAAGGUGCGCGCAUGUGCAGCUGUGCGCAAAAAAAAAAUCUUGCUGCAUAUUAGCUUUGUAAUACUGUGCACCCGCCCAGAGAGAAGCUGGGCUGUGGCUUCCUAGAAACCUGGAGCGCGAUGGAGGCACUGGGGCCAGUGGUAAGUUACCACUCGGCUGCACUCCGCUCCUCACCACGCCGGCAUCUCCACAGGGAGAGAGAGCAGUGUGGGGCAGGCAAGGGCUCCUCCCCAAGGCAAGGUGGGGGUCAGGACAGGGGCUGGGGCUGGGGGUGAGUUGAGCACCAUGUAGGCUCCGCUGGUUCCAGGGAACUGCUCCGCUCUCCAGCCCCUUCGGAUGAGCUGUGUCUCGAGUUCUGACACCAUGUGCCUCCUCGCUGCCUGAUUUGCCCAGUGGCAGGACGCACAAGGCUCCAUGCUGCUUUCAAAGGCUGCGGAGGUACGGAGGCAGCGUAGAUCAUUUUUGAAAGAGCGAUGAAAUCGGCCAGAUAGGGAAGACCAGGCAUACCUUCAGUGUUUCACACUGCCUGCGAGCUUUACAGAGUAUAUUAAAUGAUGCGAUUUAUGUCUGUCACAUGAAAUCCAUUCUCUUUUGCAUGCUCUCCUCAGGUGGAAAAUUAUACAUAAACUCUUCUGUUUUGGCAGGGUUUUUUAUAUAUAUAUUUUAAAAAAUAAAAUAUAUAAUAUAUAUA